AUAGUCUAUGCCGAGCGGCCUCUAACUGACAACAACAGAUCUCUGGCCUCCUAUGGCUUGAAAGACGGGGACGUGGUGAUUUUGCGACAGAAAGAGACCGUGGAGCCACGGCCCUCCAUCCGUUUCCCAGGUCUGCCGAGGAUAGACUUUAGCAGCAUCGCGGUUCCUGGGACAUCCACUCAGCAGCACCAACCGCCAGCACAGCGCCUUCGCCCGUCGCCUCCCGAUGCACCUUCGUUCCCUCAGGGUUUGGACAAUCCGGCACUGCUACGGGAGAUGUUGCUUGCGAAUCCCCACGAGCUGUCCCUGCUGAAGGAGCGCAAUCCACCCUUGGCGGAGGCGUUGCUCAGUGGAGACCUCGAGAAGUUCACCAGGGUGUUGCUGGAGCAGCAGCAGGACCGAGCCCGGCGGGAGCAAGAGAGGAUCCGACUCUAUUCAGCUGACCCUUUUGAUCUCGAGGCACAGGCCAAGAUAGAAGAAGACAUAAGGCAACAAAACAUUGAAGAAAAUAUGACGAUAGCAAUGGAAGAGGCCCCCGAGAGUUUUGGCCAGGUGGUGAUGCUGUAUAUUAACUGCAAAGUCAAUGGACAUCCAGUGAAAGCCUUUGUUGACUCGGGUGCCCAGAUGACCAUCAUGAGCCAAGCUUGUGCUGAAAGGUGCAACAUAAUGAGGCUGGUAGAUCGGCGGUGGGCUGGCAUUGCUAAAGGUGUAGGGACGCAGAAAAUAAUUGGCAGAGUGCACUUAGCUCAGGUCCAGAUUGAAGGUGAUUUCCUGGCAUGCUCCUUCUCAAUCCUUGAAGAGCAGCCCAUGGACAUGCUUCUAGGACUGGAUAUGCUGAAGAGGCAUCAGUGUUCGAUUGAUCUCAAGAAGAAUGUACUAGUGAUUGGCACGACUGGCUCGCAGACCACUUUCCUCCCGGAGGGCGAGCUCCCAGAGUGUGCCCGGCUGGCUUACGGGACCGGGCGGGAAGACGUGCGGCCGGAGGAGAUUGCAGACCAGGAACUAGCAGAAGCAAUACAGAAGUCCGUAGAGGAAGCAGCAUAUGCUUUUGACUAA